GGGAUCAGAGCAAGGGCUCCAAUUUGAAGGUUUAACCACCUAGGAGUUGAUCAAGGAUGGCUCAAUUUCUAUCUUCUCAACCACUUGAAGGUUUGUCUACCACUAGACCUCCUUUCUUUGAUGGGACUAACUAUAAUUAUUGGAAGAAUAGGAUAAAGGUCUUCAUGCUUGUAAAUGUGCCCACGGCAUGGAUUGUGACCAUAAAAGGUCCAUAUGUACCUAUGAAAGUUGUUGGAGAAAGAGAGGUGCCAAAGGAAGAAGUUGAAUGGAAUGAUGAAGACUUGGGGAAGAUCAUGAUCAACAACAAAGCAAUCAACAUGCUUCAAUGUGCUCUCAAUCCAAUGGAAUUCCAUAGAGUAUCCGGAUGUGAUACGGCCAAGGAGAUGUGGGACAUGCUAGAAGUCACUCAUGAAGGAACAAGCCAAGUAAAGGAGUCAAAAAUCAAUAGACUCAUUUACAUGUAUGAGCUUUUCAAGAUGAAACCGGAGGAAAGCAUUCAAGAUAUGUAUACAAGAUUGAAUGACAUAGUCACCAAUCUCAAGGCUCUUGGUAAAGUCUAUCCUCCUCAAGAAGUGGUGAGAAAGGUUCUUAGAAGCUUGCCUAAGAGUUGGGAAGCUAAGAAGACGGCAAUUGAAGAAUCUAAGGAUCUCAACACUCUCAAGCUUGAAGAUCUCAUUGGUAAAUUGAUGACAUAUGAGAUAGAAGUGCAAGGUGAUGGUGGAGUUGAAAUAGUUGAGAAGAAGAAGAAGGAUGUUGCGUUCAAGGCUGGCAAUCAAAAGGAAAAGAGUGAAGAUGAUGCUAGUGAUGGUGAAAACAUCUCCACCUUGAUCUCUAGAGAAGUGAGGAAAUUCAUGAAGAAGAACAUCAAGAGCAAGCUUGCAACAAGAGAUGAAGGAGAGUCUACCAAAAGGAGUGUGAAAUGCUAUGAGUGCAACAAGAUGGGGCACUAUAGAAAUGAAUGUCCCAAUUUGAAGAAAGGCAAGAAGAGCAUGAAGAAGAAAGCUUUUACUGCCACUUGGAGCGAUGAUGAAACUAGCUCGACGGAAAGUGAAAGCUCCUUGGAGAAAGGUGUUGCAAAUCUUUGCUUCAUGGCUCAAGAGGAUAGCAACAAUGAUGAGGAGGCCAGUAGAGCCGGCUCAACCAAAAACCCGAGAGUAUUCUCUCUCUACAGCACAGCCGGCUCUAGCUUCACAGCCGGCUCUAGCUUCACAGCCGGCUCAACCCAAAAAGGCCGAGAGUCUUCUCUCUCUAAACCUCAGCCGGCUCUAGGUUCUCCAGCUGGCUCAACCACAGGCGACCCGACCCGGACCCGCUCUACAGCAGGCUCUGUAAUUAUAGCCGGCUCUCCUGCAGAAUUUUUAAAGCCUCAGUAUUUUUGUUGGGAUUUCUCUCUCAUGGCUUCAAGAAGGGCUGGAAGUAAAAGGAGACAAGUGGGUAGUUCUAGCACUGGUGGUCAAGCUCAAGAAGAAGAAGAUAUACCUGAAGGAGGAGAUGAUGAGUUUCUAGAUGUGAAUCAUGCCUUAGUUAGAGCCACAAUUGUCCCCAGUUGCACUGAAAAUCAAAUUAAAGUGGGAAAAAGGGUGAACCUAGGAAGAUACAUUUUCCGGAGCAUAAUUAAGCCUUACUCACCAACUACGGGACUUCCUCAUGGUGCUCUAAUUACUAGAUUGGCGAAGUGGAACAAUAUUGAUCUGACAUCCUUUAGGUUCGGAACAAUUCCCGGGGAUGAAGAAGAAGGUGAUACAGAUCAAGAAAUGGCAGAACAAGGGGCAGAAGAACAUGAAGAUGACAGCCCAAGACCAUUUCGAGCCUCCAUGCAAAGAACUAACCGUGAAACCAUGGAGUUAAUUAUAUUUGAGAUGCAGCAGCUACACAUCGACUUUUAUGGUUUCCGGACAGAAAUGAGAGGGAGAAUGACUAACGUGGAAGGAAAGCUUGAUCGGCUUGUUAACCAUUUUUUUCCUCCACCCCCACCUGAUGCCACCUAACUUGAUAUUUCUUUAGUUUGGCUAAUAUUUAGGAUGGACAUCUUAGGGUUAUGCAUUUUAUGUUUUAUUUGACUAUGGAUAUGUGUUGAACCUUUUUAUCUUGUUUUAUGAAUGGAAAUGGCAUCACUUGUGUUAUCAUGCUUUGUGAAUGGUUGUUUAUGAUUUUGAUGAUAAUAUGCUCUUAUUGAGGGGGAGUUUAUUAGUUGAUG